CGCAAGAAUCAAACUAAUUAAGCUCGCGCGCUGCACUUCAUGGUUGAUAAGAUGCCACCCCUCGCAGCAGCCGCAUCCUCGUCGCGGUGCGCCCCCUUCGCCUGCCGCCGCGGCGCCGAGCAGCGCUCCAGGGGCCUGGAUCACGCCUCAGCACCGGCGGCCCAGGGGUGCGGGCGGCCGCUGGGCCGUGCGGCCGGAGUCGUGGGCGGCGGCAUCGCCGCGGCCUUCUUCGCGUCCCUGGAGCGGUGCGCCUGCGUGGAGGUCCGCACGACCGACGAUCUCUCCGACUGCAGCAACAGCGCUACGGAGGCCGCGCCGCUCAUGGGCAACGGCGGCAGUUCCGACCGUUCUUCCACGGCGAGGAAGAAGAGCAAGAGGAAGGCCGGCGCGGGGAAGGGCCGGAGGGGCGGCCAUGGUGGCUUUGGGUGCUGCGAGAGCAUCAAUUAGUUACUGUAGUUCUUAGUUGGUAUUCUAACGAAGUUCUCGCUGAUAUAUGCGUGCACAUGCGUGUGUGCAGAUUGUAUGGUAUCAUUACGAUUGUAUGAACUUGUCGAGAGAGUGAGACCAUGCACGGGGUUCUGUAUAUGAUCAA